UCCCCUCGCAGCCGCCACCCGACCCACCUCCUCCUUCCUCGGAAUCUCAUCCUCCCAAACAAAUGCGCGAGCACACUUCUCCUCGUUUUGCGCCGCAUCCAACCAGCAGCAAUUAGCUCUGAAGCCAACCACCGACCUCCGUGGACUAAUCCAAUGAACGGAGGCUUCCCAAGCCGCGCAACGGCCUCAACCAGGAGCUCCUCCCAGGAGCAGCCGCACCAUCCACGCAGCCAGCAACUAGCUUGCCGUCGUGCCGCCCUUCGCUAGGGACACCAAGCCAGCCCUCAUGGUUGGCAACCCAAACACAGGCGAGUACGUCACGCGAACUUCCUCGAGCCGUGACCCUGCAUCGCCGGCGCCGUGCGCAUGAGCCAUGCCGAAUAGGGCCUCGCCGCAUCCCGCUUGCCUGAGCACCACGCCUAGGUCGCUCUCACGCUGGAGCCAUGGUCGGAGCUUCAUUUGUUCUCCCGCCUCGUUGUGCCACGAUCUUCCACAGCCCACCUCAGAGCAGAGCUCCACCGCUGACGUGGCCACGGGUAACGGGCAGCAACAGCUCGCUCGGUUGUUGACCGCGCUGGCGGUGCCAAGCCCAGCCCAUCAGUCGACCUCAACCUGCCAAGUGUUCGUCCCGAUCCACCACUUCCGGAGGGCCCCGAUCUCCCUCGCCCGUUCCUAACAGGCCAUGGUCGUCGGCUGUUGUUUCCCCGCUGUAAGACUCCUAUCUAAACUUUGUUUCUUUUCCUGGAUCAGUUUUGGCGUGUAGAGUUUUUAAAGGAUCACUACAAAGAUUUUCCUUUUAUUUGUUCUUGUCCUUCACUUUUGUUUUGGUCAAGGUUAGUUUGAGAAGCACGUUUAUUUAAAUCCGUCCCGUUUGUAGCACAUGCAAUGCAUCAGCCCAGCUGGUUAACAAAGCCACUGCAUCCAUCGAUGAGGUCCUUGGCUCAAUUUCCAGCACCAUAAUAUUUUCUCUGUUUGCUUUAAUUUUCCACACAUGUUGCAUCCAUGACAUAUGAUCUCGUGUUGCUUGUAUUUUUUAGACCGUAGCUCCAUUGGGGAUGAACUUUAUAUGUAAACCAACUAGAAUGACGUGUAGUUUUGUGUGAACCACUUUGUUUUGUCGUUUAACAAACAUAAAUAUAUUUAGGUAAGAUCCAGGCAGAUUACAAAGUGAUGCGUGAGAUCGGUUUGGAGAUGCUAUAUGUCAUUUUCGGCCUCAUUUAAAAUGCCUAGAUAGGUACUUUAAUU